CGAGUCCAGCAAAGUUGUCAUUCUGGGCCUGCCAGCCCCGAGCUGAGCGACGGGCCUCCGGCAGAGAUGGUUAAGAUGACAAAGUCCAAAACUUUCCAGGCUUACCUGCCCCACUGUCACCGCACUUAUAGCUGCAUUCACUGCAGAGCCCAUCUGGCCAACCAUGACGAGCUGAUCUCUAAGUCCUUUCAGGGAAGCCAGGGACGGGCCUACCUCUUUAACUCUGUGGUAAAUGUGGGCUGCGGCCCAGCAGAGGAGAGAGUCCUUCUCACUGGCUUACACGCCGUAGCAGAUAUCUAUUGUGAAAACUGUAAAACCACCCUGGGUUGGAAAUAUGAACAUGCAUUUGAGAGCAGUCAGAAGUAUAAAGAAGGGAAGUUCAUCAUCGAGUUAGCCCACAUGAUCAAGGACAAUGGAUGGGAGUGAUGCAGAGGGCAGGCAGCAGCCAGAGCCUGGGCCUGGGGUCUGCCAGGCAGACAAGGCCACCAAGUCUCUGGACCUCGGAUGGGCUCAAGCUCACUGUGGGCCUCGGGACGGCUCUUGAGGUCCUGCUCUACCCACCCUGCGUGCCUGUACAAAGAGGGGCCAGUUGUUGUUAGCUGAUGUUUUCCAUUGGACUAUUUUGAACUUCUCUGGUCAAAUGAACUCAGUGGUGAUUCCUUCUCCUAGUCACUGUCUUUUUACUGUGAGCUUGUGCUGUUCAAGUUUGUCCCUAACACACACCUGGUCCAGAGUAGCAGAAAGCGGCCAGGGCACUGGGACUACUACCCCUAUGCUGGGGCGGUGCAGGGGGUCAGGAUGGAGACUGGCAUCUGCCACCCGGAGAGGGGCGCAGCCCUCGCAUUGCUUUCUUUCAGUGGCCAGCCUUGGAUGCCACUUUUCCUUUUGUCUCGUUUUUUUGUUCAUUCCCCUCCCCCCACAACCCAGAGAAUGUUAGUUGUCUCUUAUAUAGGCUGUUAACAAGCAAAUGUAUUUAAUGGGAGUAUCUGCCUCACUCUGAGAAUUGUUCCAAGCAGCCUCCCACUGAACCAGAGAGGGCACCUCCGUGCCAGUAGCUGCCAGUGAAACCAGGGAGCAAUGCUGAUGCGUUAAGGGGAACAGCCACUUCUCGAACUUCUUCCCUUGGCUAGCUCCCCCUUGUGGCAGAGUUUAAUGCACUGGAAAAAGCAAAGGGGGAAAAAACACAAAACAAAACAAAACAAAAAAACAUUCUGGAUUAAUAUUUUACUUUUGAUGUACUUGAACAAAGAUGAUUAUUUUUAAAUAGGAAAGGGGCCAGACUAGAUGGGAAACCCCUUAUUAGUACUUGAGAAUUGUUCAUUUUCAUUUUCUUCCAAAAAAGUUUAAAUUGCAAGAUAGUUUAAGAAUUUUAAAUAAAAAGGGUGUUUGGUUUGCUGGAUAAAUCAUUCCCCAAGCAUUUUUCUAAUAAAUUUAAUAUGAAAUCCACCCCUUUUCCUCCUCCUGGUCCUCCUCCUGUUCCUUCUCCUUCUCACCCUAGUUGCUUUGAAUUGGAUUGAUGUAAACAGGACCACAACUUCACAGUUGAUUGGUGAAAUUCUCCAAGGAAAGACUCCUCUCUCGGCCUCCAUGUUUCUGUCCUCGGGCCGCCCACUGGGACAUUGAAGCCAAAGCACCGCUGUCGGCCCCACGUCGGCAGACGUCCCAGAUCGUCCUCUCGGCCGCCGCCGCUGCCCUCCCAUCCCAGGGAAACCUGUGGCAGCCCUUCCCAGCCCCACGACUCACGGUGCUCUUCAGCCUCGGAUCUAACUGGACGCCAGCAAAGAAGGGAGCCUCGUGUAGUCCCUCGGCGAGCUUCGGGCCGCCCGUCACAGUGCCGGGAGGGGGCAGGGGAGGGCGCCUCGAAUUCCACUCGGUUCCUAGAAGAACUCGUCGGGAGGAGUCGGGGCAAAGAAUUCCCAGCUGUGAGUAAGUGCCGGCAAGACGUGUUCCCAGGCUGUCCUCUCCCGUUUCACCAAUCCGUGCCAAGCCCGACCUCCCGAGGUCGUCAGAUAGGCCAACCCUUUGGGCCCGGCCCAGAUGCCUUGGAGAGGUUCCGACGGCCUGCGACGCUCUCGGUGCAUCGGGCCCAGGGCGGCCGCCUCUGGCAGUAAAUGCACUUCAGAACACACGAAGCCCUUCUGGGCUUUAUCACCCGGACUCGACCCGCGCAGCUGCCUCAAGAACCUCCUACAAGCCGAGAAAUCCACUGGCCGCAGCGGGGAGAUGUGACGCUCGCGGAGCCACGUUUCCUCCCGUGGAGGCUCGGCGACGGCCCCGGAGAAGACCCCGUCCCGGAGAGGCAGCCCAGCAAGGCAGACACACAGGGGCUUCGAGCAGAGAGCGGCCAGGCCGGUCCUGAGCCGCCUUUCCAAAAUAACCGAUUUUAACUUUACUUGAAGAGUUUUACUAUGUGUUGUUGUUCUAACCCAUUUUUGUACAUAUAUUAAGAUUGUAUUUAAAGUUUUUAUAUAUGUUCUGGGUGAGUUACUUCCCCUCCCACAUGAGCACUUUUGUGACUUGUAUCGUCCGUCUUCUCUGUGACACGCACACACGCACACACUCUUCACUCCGGGGCACAACCGCGACGUUGAGAAUCGAGACGCGGCGUUUGCCCUUUGCAAGGCUCUGGCUGUCUCCUUGGACCCAGCGGAGCCGGGCUGGGAGAGGUGCCUAACCCGGAGCCACGGCCAAGGAAGGGCCUCUCGAUCAGGCCUUCGAGAGCGGCGCCGUCGUGGCGUGUCCGCGGAGGACGCCGGGCGCCAUCUCCUGGCUUCCGAACGAGGCCGUUUGCGCUCUUAGACGGUAUUCUAGUAGCCAGAAAAAGGAAGUUCUUCCUUUCACCUCAGACUAUCGGAACCAAUCGGAAGUGGAACUCGGGCCCGGUUUGGUGCAACGUCCCAGCGUGGUGCCCUGGUCGCCCGUCUGUCUGUCCCGCUGGCCGGCAUCGCCAGGGCUGCAGGGAAGAAGCAGCCGGACGCCGCGUCGGCGGUCACAGGCCGCCAUUUCUUUCCAGAAGCUUCCCAGAGGCUCCGAGGCCUCGAGGCUCGCAUUUCUUCACUGCUGUAACUUUGGGUUGUCACGUUAUGGAACUGUUUUUGUGUUGUUUUUAAAGAAAAGCUUUCUCUGAUUCUCCCGCUCCAGCCAGCUGUACAGUUUGGGGGUUCCGAGCACCCUUUGUUUGGGGUUACGCCUGAGCGGAUCUAUUGCAGGUAGCAAAAUAAACCUUUUGGAAACCACA